CAAAGGAGAAAAAUCAGAACAAGAAAAAUAGUGAAAAAGAGAAUAGAAAAUAAGGAUCAAUACAGUGAUCUUAGAAAAGACGAGGUACAAAAUGCAGCAAACUAUAAAUGAAUAGAGGUAUCACUACUGGAAACAAAAUAAGAACUUACCAUCAAAAUUACAGUUGAAAACUUUAACAUAGACACGAUAUCUAUUUAAAAAAAUUUUGAGUUACAAUCCCCAGCACAAAGUUGAAAUUGUAAGAAUUUUUGCAUGAAUUCCAUUCAAAAUUGGAUUUUUGUAAAGACAUUAAUGUUGCCUAGUUUUAGGGAGUAAAAAUUUUCUUUGGGACAUUGUGUAUAUAAACGUCAGAAUGACAAUCAAAUCUAACCUCAAACACCCUCAAAUAUAAAUAUCAAAUCUAUGUUUUUUUUUAUAUCAAUAGAUAAUUAUUUAUAAUACAGAAUAAUCUAUGUGUAUAUUUACAACAGACAGGACUAAAACCAACAUAAGUAAGAGAAAAUUGGAGGAAUAAUUAUUAAAUAAAAAAAUUAAUUAUGUCUGAGAGAAAGACUGAAGAAUGGUCAAAAUAUGCAAAAGUGUUUGAUCCGAUAAAGGUAGGGUCUAUAGAUGGAACAGAUGUCGAGCCACAUGACAGAGCUGUGGAAAGAGCUAUGUAUUCAACGUAUGUUCCAAACAGACAUGUGAAGGGAAAACCAGGAUGUACACUCUUUGUUAGUAGAUUGAAUUACAACAUAAGCAAAGACACUAUCAAGGAAGUAUUUUCACAGUAUGGCAAGUUAAAGCGUUUUAGAUUGGUAAAGGACGUUGUAACUGGGAUGCCAAAAGGAUAUGCCUUCGUUGAAUAUGAAAAUGAGAGUGCAGCAGAAGAAGCUUAUCAAAAAGCAAACAAAUUAAAUGUAGAAGGAAGUAUUAUAUUCGUUGACUUUGAAUGUGAACGUUUAUUGAAAGGCUGGAAACCAAGAAGACUCGGUGGAGGUUUCGGCGGCAAAAAAGAAUCUGGCCAGUUAAGAUUUGGAGGUCGAGAUCGACCAUUUAGAAAACCCAUUAGCCUUGAGAUUAAAGAAGAGGAGGAGAGGAGAAAACGAGAACAGAGGCGAUUAUCGAUGAGGGACGACAGGAAUAGAGGUAAAGACCAUUAUUAUAGGCGAAAAAGACCAAGAUCACCUGGAAGGAGAAGUUAAAAUAUGACAAUUCUUAUUUGUUUUUGAUAUUUCUAUAAGUACCUACUUUUAAUAUACCUAGAUAAAAAUAAAUUGUGUCUUUAUAUAAAAUAUUGUACUGAUUUAUGCGGUUGACUUUACUAUUUUAUUAUUUAUGUUUUUAGGCACUAAGUUAAAUUUAAAUAAAGGAAGACUUAUUUUAUAGUAUUUUA